AGUGAUUUUUAAAAAUCCAUCUUGAGGCAACAAAGGCCAACCUCCGCCUCGCACAACCAUUGAUAUCAAGGAAAGGAUUGAUGUAUCUGAAGACACCGUUUUGGAGGGACGGGACGGGCCUCGGAAGUCAUAAUGACUCGCAGUCGCCGGUGGCAGACCUGGUGAACUCGUUGGACAGGCAGAGGCUGUACAGGGAGAUCACACUCGCACUCAGGACCGGACUUUCUGAUGCGCGCGCUGAGUUCUCGUUUCUCCGAGUCCGCGGCCUUCGCGGCAUCCUCAAAUUCCUUCGCUCUGUGGCCGAAUGCGACGCCACCACCAACCUCUUCAUCCACAGCCAAUCCAUCCCUGAGCUUCAAGUGGUUCCAGUUCUGUUUAAACAUUCACUGAGAGAACAUGAGGAUCAGAAUGUGGCAAGUCUUGACCAUAUAUUCACUGUUGAACCUAUGAAAAUAAUUAGUCCAUCUCCUGACGCCGAAGCUGCCUUUGCACUUAGAGUGCUGGAAGGGUGUUGUCUGCUUCAUCGGGAGAGCACUGUUUUAGCUCAUCAAUACAAGGCCAUUCCGGUCUUAAUGAACAUGUUAUCAAAUCGAGGGGUACUUGAACAAGGUGCAUGCUUAGAUGCAUUGAUUUCGAUACUGCUGGAUUCAUCGGCUAAUCAAAUGGAUUUUGAGGCUUGCAAUGGCAUAGAGGAGGUGGCUUUACUAAUAAGAGACAAACAAGUUGAUGAAAAUCUAAGGUUGAAAUGUGGAGAGUUUCUGUUGCUUCUAAUAGGGCAUGUGAACGGGGGGAGGGAUAAAUUGCCCAUGGCAACAAUACAUGAUGAUGUAAGGAGGUUCCUCGGCGAAAAAUCAGCUUCAUUGAUAUGGGCAGCUAGCCAGUUGGGCUCCACCCUUGAUACUGAACAACGCUUAACAGCUCUCCAUAUUCAAGCUCGUCGGGUCCUUGAAUCAAUCGAUCUAUAUUGAAAGUUUUGAGUUCAUCUGCACAUGAAUUACAGAUUUGUACAAGCAUGCUAUUACAUUUAUGAAAAUGGUGUAAUUUUCUUUCUAGUUUGCAUUGCUACGUGCUACAUAGUAUCAAUUGCACAUUGCGGCAUGUGUUUACACUUAAAUAAAUCCUGCUGUGGUGAUUGGGAGAGGUCUCAAAUAAUGUUGGAUGAGAGUUUCUCUUGGUGGUUGGAACCCAUCUUCUUUGUUGAUUUCUAUCACCAUUGUUUUUUGUUGAUCUCUUGGCGUCUGUUUAUGGUUUUC